UCAAACCAAACUAGUCAGGUAGCAAACAGACCAGCUGUGAGUUCAGGCUGAAGAAGAGAGGAAACGAUCUUCACCGAGUUUCUGCAGGAUCUUUUAAUCUUCUUUAAAUCAGCAGUUUCUCCUUUUCUCUGCGUUUUUCCAGCCAUGGAUAAAAACAAGAGCACUGAAGCCAUUUAUGAAAACCCACAGGAGCUGGAAGAAGGGAAGAAGGAAAAACCGAGCUGCUCCUUCCAGCUGCUGUCGUUGGGGAUUCUUUCCGUCCUGCUGCUGGCGAGCAUCGCCUUCAUCGCCUGGAUCAGCGUCGACAUGAUGAGCCAUAAGGAAAAGCUGGACGGUCUGAAGAGAGAGAACAAGCGUCUGAAUAUUAAAAAGAGUCUUCUGGAAAACGUGACGGAGCAGCUGAUCGGGGAGCGGGACGACCUGAAGAGGGCGCUGCAGGUCAUCCUGAUGCACGACAACUUCCCAGUGAACCAGUUCUGCCCAGACAAAAAGUGUCUGCCGUGCCAGAAGAGUUGGGCGAGUUUACUGGAAAAGUGCGACCAGUUUUAUGACCAACAUUCAGGCCAGAACCCUGGGAAAGGAGCCCGACUGUACUGUCAAAACACGUCCGCAGACCUGGUGGUCGUUGAUGACGUCAAAGAACAGAGUCCUGCCAGUAAUCAUGAGAUGAAUUUCUGCUUGUUGGGCCAAACCGACAACAACUGGCUCUGGAUCGAUGGGCAAAAUGAGAGUCUUGGGUUCUGGAUGAGCGGAGUGGUUUGGUUCUCUGGUCCAUACGCCACGGUGAUAACAUGGUGGAAAUCCUCAGCGACGUUUUUCACUCCAACGUCUCUGUUUGGAAACGGCUUCAGCUACGGUAAAAAAGACGUUUGCUCUCAUUUCCGUCUGCUGCUGCUGGUGUUGGGGGUAACCUUCAUCCUGCUGGCGGUGAGCAUCAGCUUCAUCACCUGGAAGUGCCGGCUGUGUCCGGACGGAUGGUUCUGGUUCCAGGAAAAGUGCUACUGGUUCAGGAACGACACCGAGCUGAACUGGGAAGAAAGUCGUCGUUGUGCGGGCCGCUGCAGGGUUCGUGCGUCUUUGUUGCUCCCACUGUUGCUACGGUCGGCGGCUACAUGUCGGCUUGUGGGUUUGGUCGACUCGUCUGCGAUCGCUUUCAUCAGUUACCUCAGCAGCAGCUUCUACUGGCUGGGCCUGCARAACAUMGACAGCAGCUGGGUCUGGAUCGACGGAUGUAGAGACACUUUAGGGUUUUGGAUGAAUGAUCUCAACCCGUUGGGUUCGUUUGCGGAGGUUUUGGCCUGGAGGAAUCUGACUGACAGCUGGCUGCCGACAACAUCUACGACCUUCAGCAAGGUCGUCUGAGCAGGAAGCCUYCAGAGUUUACAUUUAAAGAGUUUCUCAGUCUUCACCAGGAUGUUUACACCAUCUAAACUGAAACAUCAGAGUUUAAAGUUUCUUUGUUUUAUAUUAAGUAUCUUCAUUGGUGGUUUAAAUGACCUCAUUUGCUGAUUCGAGGAAAUAAAUUGGCUAUUGAUCAGUUCAUGAUCAUGUAAAAAAUAUAUCUGCAUUGUUUUAAAAAAUGUUUUUUUCCUGUUUGUCACUACAACUAAAAUAUGUAUUCAAUAGUAAUAAACAGUAAAAUUAUGACAGAAAAAAUAAUUUUAAAGAAUCUCAGAAUCUAAAACUGUUGAUUUUGAUGUGGAAUAAAUGUAUCUGUUAAAACAGUAAAUUGAACAAUAAUUUUCUGAUUUGUAUUCAUUUUUAGUGUAGGGAAAACAUUUUCUUUUCCAGUAAAACAUUUACACCAGCACCAUUUUUAAACUCUAAAGUAAACAAUGAUAAUGUCGUCUAAGCGUGAAAGAAAAAUGUUUUACCUUUAAUUUUACAGUGGAUUUGUUUCAACCAGCAUUUUACUGUACAAUUUACUGUUUUUACAGUGUACGGCUUGAUGUACUCAUAGUUUUCAGUACAUUUUUAAAUCUGUGAUUAAAUUUAAAUAUGUGAACAUUAUUUGUCCUUUUGAAAAUCCUUCAUGUUUUGGGCUUUUAUGAGAAUUUAACAAAACUCUCUGAAGGCAGAAAACAGAAACAUCUGAUGGACUGAAGCAUGUUAAUGUUCUGUAGGUGUUUUUAUACUAAUAUCUCAAUGUUUUAGUCUUUUCUACUAAAGUCUAGAAAAGAAAAAUCKAAUCUAAUGUAGCAGAGCUGCUCCAASCUGCUGCCACCAGGGGGSGCUAUUCUAUAGGAUUUGUUUUAUCAACAGUUUGGUGGAGGGAAAACCUCUUGUACUUCAUAAAACCUAAAGUAAGUCAGAUUAAACUUUAUCAUCACAGCCCUGAAGUGAAUAAAAAAAAGACUAAAUUUAAAUAUUUUUUUAUUAUUAUAU